AUGGAGUCUCCGGCGCCGGCGUCCCUCCCGGAGUACGUGCAGUUCGAGGGGCAGCUGCUCCCCGUUGAGUGGCUGGAGGGCGAGGUCCUCGACGAGUUCCUGCUCUUUCUUGAUGAAGCGGCGGCGGCGGCGGAGGAUGAGGAGGAAGAGCCGCAAGAAGUGGAGUUCGAGGUGGAGGAGGAGGAAGACCCGCAAGAGGUGGAGUUCGAGGUGGACGAGGAGGAGGAGGACCCGCAGCGGCAGGAGGUUGAGUUCGCCGACGAGGACGACGGCGACCUCGUGGUCGGCCCCAUGGGCGAUGAGGAUGGUGACGUGGAGCUUGUGGACGCCGACUUCGAGGACGUUGACGAGGACGGCGACCUCAUGGACGAAGCCGACUUCGCUGACGAUGGCGAAGACGACGGCGGCUUCAACCUUGUGGACGCCGAAUUCGAGGACGAGGGCGACUUCAUGGACGAAGGCGAUCAACCGCAGUUCGACGACGACGACCAAGAGAAAGAUGGCGAAGUCACGGCGGCCGACGAGGACGAGCCGGCACACAUCGCCGCCACCCCGCGGGCGGCGUCGAACGAGCGCAACGAAGACGGCGGCGUCCACCUUGCCGACAACUCCUCCGCGGACGACGAGGAAGAUAGCGACUCAUUCGAGGAGCAGGUGGAGCGGGAGCUGGCGCUUCUGCUGGGGUGGUGA